AGAUUCAUUUUACUGUGUUAUGCAAACUAACCCUAUAUGGCAUUUUACAUAUUUAGAGGCUGAUAAACUAUUAUUAAAAUUCACUAAUAGAUAGUCUGUUCUCUAUUCAUUUAAUAUUGUUUCUAAAUACAUCAAUUAUGUUAGAAGACAGCACAGAAGACGAGACAAAGAACCUGAAGGACAAGACAGCUCAGAAGAAAGAGACAAAGAACCUGAGGGACAAGACAGCUCAGAAGAAAGAGACAAAGAACCUGAGGGACAAGACAGCUGAGAAGAAAGAGACAAAGAACCUGAGGGACAAGACAGCUGAGAAGAAAGAGACAAAGAACCUGAGGGACAAGACAGCUGAGAAGAAAGAGACAAAGAACCUGAGGGACAAGACAGCUGAGAAGAAAGAGACAAAGAACCUGAGGGACAAGACCGUUCAGAAGAAAGAGACAAAGAACCUGAGGGACAAGACAGUUCAGGAGAAAGAGACAAAGAACCUGAGGGACAAGACAGCUCAGAAGAAAGAGACAAAGAACCUGAGGGACAAGACAGCUCAGAAGAAAGAGACAAAGAACCUGAGGGACAAGACAGCUGAGAAGAAAGAGACAAAGAACCUGAGGGACAAGACAGCUGAGAAGAAAGAGACAAAGAACCUGAGGGACAAGACAGCUGAGAAAAAAGAGACAAAGAACCUGAGGGACAAGACAGCUGAGAAGAAAGAGACAAAGAACCUGAGGGACAAGACCGUUCAGAAGAAAGAGACAAAGAACCUGAGGGACAAGACAGUUCAGGAGAAAGAGACAAAGAACCUGAGGGACAAGACAGCUCAGAAGAAAGAGACAAAGAACCUGAGGGACAAGACAGCUCAGAAGAAAGAGACAAAGAACCUGAGGGACAAGACAGCUGAGAAGAAAGAGACAAAGAACCUGAGGGACAAGACAGCUGAGAAGAAAGAGACAAAGAACCUGAGGGACAAGACCGUUCAGAAGAAAGAGACAAAGAACCUGAGGGACAAGACAGUUCAGGAGAAAGUAACCAAAAUGAAGGAAUUCAGGAAGCAGCUCAGGACUCAACCAAGUUCAAACAGAUACCUGGUCACAUCAGAUGAACUGAGGAGAGGAGGUGCUCUCCCCCAGAGUUACUCACCAAACACUGUAGUGGCUUAUCGACGGAAGGCCAAGGGACAAAAAAAGAAAAUUAUAGAGAAGUUGGCGGAGUUGGCGGUGAACCCCAAACUUUGUGAAGGUAAAAAUAUAGUAGUAGUAAUAACUUUAAACGGAAUUCUGAGACCAGUAUCCUUGUUUUGUGGUUUUGAAUCAUGUUUCUUUAUAAUAGUAAAAUUUUAUAACAAUAUAUCUUCCACUGAAAUUCCACAUUACUUAUAACUGAAUUGUUAUACUUUUAAAAUAUAUAUAAAUAAAAAGUAAAUAUAAUCGUAGACAAGUUGUCUUGCCACUAUGGGGUGUUCAGUUUUACCAAAAUAGGUCAAUAUAUUAUGUUAAUAGCCUGACUUGCUAUGUUUUACAACCAGUUUUGGAAUAUACACUCACUGUCCACUUUAAUAGGAACUCCUGUACACCAUUUCCUUCAUAGAGUCAUACAAACAGCCAAUCAUAUGGCAACUGCACCCUGCAUAAAAUCAUACAGAUACAGGUCAAAAGCACAUCAAUCAUCAGAAUGGGGAAAAUGUGAUCUGUGACUUUAACUGUGACAUGGUUUUUGGUUCCAGAUGGGCUGAUUUGAAUUUCAGUAUUUCAGAAACUAUGGAUCUCCUGAGAAUUUCUCACACAACACAGAAUAGUUGGGUGGGGUCUGGGGGGCAGCACCUCAUGAUCACUCUUUAUGAAUGUGGUGUGAAGAAAAUCAUCUUAGCACGUAUAAGACAUUGAACCCUAAAGUGGAUGGGCUCUAACAGCAGCCAAGAAUAAGAAUCUGCAGAUUUCAUGGGCACAGUGUAACGAAGCGGGACUCGAGGUAAAAUCCAUAUGCAGAGCUUUUAUUAAAAGUGAGCGUGGUCGUACAGGCAGGGUCAAAACAGGAACAGGCAGAGUCGUAGUCAGGGUACAGGCAAAGGAUCGAGGCAGGCAGCAAUGGGUCGUAAACAGGAAUCAGGCAAGAACAGUAACAAACAAGAAGACAGGGAGAUAACGCUUAGAAUUGCACACUGGGGAAACAAGACUUCGCGGUGAGGUGGUGUGUGUGAAAGUCCUUUAUAGUCCUGGUAAUGAGCUGCAGCUGGGUGUGGUGAUUAGUGUGGAGUGUGUGAAUGUGGCUGGCAGAGAGGAUGAUGGGGAAUGUAGUCCGGGAAGAGACAGGAACAGACAGUGAUCAUUACACACAGACUCACUGGACAGUUGAAGACGGAAAAAGAUGGGGUUUUUUUUCAACUGUACAGUUUCUGUGCCUCAGAUUAGGCAUUUGCACCCCCAUAAUUAUUGCUUACUUAAUAUUUUUUGUACCAUUCUGUGCAAACUCAGAGACUUUUGUGUAAGAAACAUCCCAGUAUAUCAGCAGGAUCUGAAAUAUGGCACCAACAACCAUGCCACGGUUAUUGUUUUGUUGAUUCUGAUAGUUGAUGUGAACAUCAUUAACCGGAGCUCUGUAUCUGCAUGUUGUUGAUGUUUUGUUAAUAUUAUGCUGCUACCAUAUGAUUAGCUAAUUGGGUAACUGCAUGAAUAUACAGGUGGUCUUAAUAAGGUGGACGGUGAGUGUAUCCACAUACUUCAUCUUUUGUUAUUUUUUUGUAAUGCUUGUAAGUUGGACAUUAUUACAAAUAAUUAUGCUGUUGUGUUUAUUUGUAUUUUAGAUGAAUGCAAGGAUCUGUCUGGGGACAUAAAUUACCUGGCAACAAAAUACAUCCCCCAGAAAAGAGUGGGUCAAGCCUUGUUAAGCCCCGGGUAUACUUCAGCCGUCUGCGUUCAUGCACCGUCCGCAUGACAUAAUUUUCGUCAUGCGGAGGGCUCGCGGCCGGCCGCACACCCCGUCCGCGUGCAGCCCAAAUUUCGAGACCGUGCGGACGGUGCGCGUGCAACAGCGCAAGCGCAAGCAGGACAGAAGAGUCCACUAGGUGGCAAUACGCACAGUACUGAGCACAAUGUGCAGUCGUCGAAGAAGAGUGUGUGUAAAGAACGAUUCAAAAAUAAGACGAGUAAACUCAAAAGCAUGCCUUCUCCAUCGUUUUUGAUUCCUGUUCUCUUGGUGUAUCUUCUGAACUAUGCUGCAAUGGUGGCUGCACUAUUUUUCUUCUCCGAUCCUGCCCAGCGAAUAUCCAUGACACAAUGUCUGAUAAUAGUAUAGAAAAAAUUGCACUGCGCAUAUGUCGAACUCGGUCAUCUGUGCGCAUCCUUGGUUUAGUAUACUUUGAAAGAUGCGCGGACGCGACUGCGUGUGACAUGUCCGGGCGCG